ACACUCAAGUGAUUGAGAUAUUUUCUCAACGAAAUUAGGACAGAAUGAACGGAUCGAAAAUGGGUCGUCUAAAAUAUAAUAUUUUAACCGUUUAUAUUGACUCUAAUGAAAGAUAAUUAGCGUUAAGAGUAGUAUACAAGUUAUUUUAACAAAAUGCCUACCUGUAAAAGGUUAAAGCCAUUACUUGAUGAGGAUAGCAGUCCAGAUAUCGUUGAUGAUGAUGACGAUGAAAUGAUGGAAUCUCAAGGAGGAGCAAAGCACAGAAAACUUACAAGGGCCGAAAAAUCCAAGAAUGCUGCUAAAAACAGGAGAGACAAAGAAGCUGUGGAAUUCAACAAUAUAAUUGAGGCAUUGCCAUUCCCUAAUGAAGAUUUAGAGAAAAUGGACAAAAGUUCUGUUGUCAAGUUGACCACAUCAUAUUUGAAAAUGUUGGAAUUCAUAGAAAAAGAAAUGAAAUCUUUGAAAAUCGACGAUAAAGGAAAGGAAAAAGCUGUAUGUAAAUCUGUCUCAAGUAAUGAAAUCGUUUUGCCUGAUGAUACCCCUCUGGGAGAAAGUCAGUUAAUGUUAGAAGCAUUGAAUGGAUUUCUUAUUCUUUUGGAUAGGAAACGGAGGAUUUUAUUUGUUUCCAAGAAUGUUGAAGACCACUUAGGAAUCCCCCAGGUGCAGUUAAUUGGAAAAACAGUUGAAGACUUUAUUGAAGAGAAAGACAUACCAGAAUUACGGAAACAAUUCAAUUUAAAGUUUAUGUCCCAGAGCGACAGAUGUGAAUCUAUGGAAGCUGAUGAUAUCUAUCAUCAACUGGAUGAACAUAGGUUGUUUUACAUUCGCAUGCUGUGUCAAUAUAAAAACAACAAAACAAAGUACAAAGGUCAUACACUAGUUCAGUGGUCUGGAAGAUUGAAAAUGAGAAAGACUCACAAGGCCAAUAACUUCGCUACAACGGGACUUUUAUGUACAUGUAAAGUGAUGCAGACAAACUCAAUUCUAGAAAUAAAAAUGGAUGGCAAUAUGUUUAUGAGCAGGCAUGACCUCGGAAUGACCUUUACCUUCUGUGAUCCUAGGAUUAUUACCUUAAUUGGAUAUGAGCCGAGUGAAGUUAUAGGAAGGACAGCUUACCAAUUCCACAAUCCACUGGAUGCUGAAAGAGUCAGGCUCUGUCAUUCUAACUUAAUAGUUCAAGGUUCGUCAGUCAGCAAAUAUUACAGAUUCGUUGGCAAGAAUUGUGAUUGGGUGUGGAUGCAGACACGUGCUACGAUUAUUUAUAAUACAAACAACGUUCCACAGUACAUUGUCUGUAUGAAUUACAUUAUAAGUGAAGAAGAGGGCGUUCGAGUAUUAAUGGAGGAGGACAAAGAUUGUCUUAGUUGUACUGGAGUAAUGGAAAUAUCCAGUAAACCUGUCAAAGUCAAAGAUUCUUCAAAGGGAGAUAACCCUGAUCACCAUAGUGACAAUGGCUACCACAGUAGUUAUAGCCCUUAUUCUAGUAUCAAUCCCAGUCCAUUGUCAGAAAGUUCAAUGAGUCAUAAACAGUUUGAAUCUGAUGAUUGUGGAGUAGGUGAUACAAACGAUGACUUUCCAAUGAGUGUUGUUCAGGAAUGUGCUAGUUCGUUAGACCCAGAUGGUGCUGACGAUGAAGAAAUGAUAAAAUUCAUUGAAAGUUUGGAUAGUGAAAGUGACAUGGCCAAAAAUAUUCAACAGUUAGCUGAAAAUGUUCAGUGGAAUAGGGGGCAUUCUUCGCAGGUAGCUUCCUCAAAAAAGAGAUCUCUUCAAAGAAUUAAAUCCUGUCCACAAGUUUUGUCUCUACUUCCAAUAAACGAUAGUGACGUAGAUGAUCAACCAAUUCAAUUCACCUGUAGGCCGUCAGGAGGUGGAUUCUUUCAAGACCCUGCAAAUCAAUUCGAGAGUAGCAAUAAUCCUGGCAAUAACUUUGAAAUUCCAAAACCAGGACUUUUAAACAUUCAAAUUGGAUCAUUUAAUGAUGGCAAUCUCGUUGGCUCGUCAACUUUAACUGAAUCAUUACCAAAAGAGAUCUCAGACUUCUGCAUGCAAUAUGCUGAAUCAAUGGCAGACAUUCAGUCACAAGAUGUCAUGAUGCAGUAUGGACAUGACAGUUUAUUUCCAGACUUGGAGGGUCUACAUGAUCACUCUGGUAGAAUUGGUUGUCAAUCAAUGAACGGUAGCGGUAUUGCAUCACCUGGUAGUCAGCAUUCCUUCGGAAGUCCACAACCACUUCAAAAUACACAAACAGUGAUAUCUAAUACACAAACUGUCAUACCAAAUUCACAAACAGUGAUACCGAAUUCACAAACAGUCAUACCUAAUUCACAAAUAGUGAUGAUGAAUGGACAAACAGUGUUGCCCAGUACUCACAUAGUAAUAUCUAAUACACAAACAGUGAUGCCCAAUACACAAUCAGUACUGAUCUCUCAGUCAUUACAGCAGAAUCCAAAUUUAGUACAAAAUACACAGUCAGUUUUACUGAACUCGCAACCAGUGUUGUCAAAUACAUCACAACAAAUGUUCCAAACUAGUCCACAAUAUUUCAGUCGUAACUCAGACACUCCAAACUCGUAUAUCUCAGGCUCAAGUGUUAUGAGCCCACCCCAAAGCUAUUCAAAUCUAAAUAGCCCAAUGUCAGUAGAAUCAAACAUUUCUAGCCCACAAGGGGACUUUUCAAACAUACAAAGUCCAAACCCCCAAGCACAUGCUUGUACAAUUGGCCUUAAUAACUUGACAAUGAAUUCGGUCCGAUCCCCAUCACAUAACUACAUGCCUCAUGUGAAUCCACCCCAAAACCAACAGAAUUUUGUGGGCCAUAGGAUGAACGGCAACUUGGAUAGAAGUAUGUUGGUGAAAAUGAACAGUGGAAAUAAUAUGUCUCAAGCAAAUAUUGGGAAUCACAUAGUGAACAAUCAUGUGAAAACAAAUGGCCAUUCUUUGCUUCAUAAUGGCACCAGUCAACAGGUGUUGUCUAGAAUGGCGCCGCCUGCAAAUCAACAGAAUUAUCAGCAAAAUAAAACACAAAUUAAUACUACUCAGAUGGCUAGUGGCAGAAGUAGUAGUACUAGUGUUGGACCUCAUUUUACAGCUAAUAAUCCUUCAAAGGGUUUACGUAAUGUUAAGUCCAUGUCGGAACUUGAAAAAAUGCUUAGAGGAUAUUCUCCACCAUUUUUACAGGACAAACAAAAUGGAUCUGGUUCUGCAGAAUCCAGUUGUACACUUCUACAGCAGAUGCUAACUGGAAAGUUAUCAGGGGAAAAAUACAUCGCAAUGGAAAAGCAAAGACAAUUAAACGGUGGAGUUAGAACUUCCCAUAAAUAAAAAGAAAAAUGAAAACCUUUGUAAAUACACAUAUCAUAUAGAUAUAUUUAUAUACACAUUAUAUUCAUAUACAUGAAAUGUUACCAUAUGUAUGUAUACCCAUGUAAAACCAUUCCAUGCAUUGAAAUUAUUUUAUUAAUUUGUUCAUAUUUUUUCUCUAUUGUUUGAUUAGCUUCAGGGAAUUAUAACAUGGUUAUCUGGUCAAAUUCAGAUUUUAUUUAUAUGAAUUUUUCAUAGAUAAGAAUUUUAUUUAGGGAAAUGAACAGCAUUCACAUUCAAUUAUUUGCAAUAAGAAACCCCAAAAAUGUUCUCUAACUUUAAUACCAAGGGCAGAUAAUAAAGUACCAUCCUAUAUGUUACAAUAAACCAUUAGAUUUUAUGGGCACAUUCAUUUUAUGAAGAUAACAUGGUAUUCAGAAUUAAGAGUAUGGCUAAUCCUGAUUGGUCAUUAUGAGCACCCGUUAUUUUUUAUUAUUAGAGACUUAGUACACUCUGCAUUAUACCAAAGGCAAAUUAAUAUAUUUUCCUUAGCCCUAACGGAGCUGAUAUGUCUAUUCAACGGUAGGAUGAGACACAUGUUUUUAAGUGCAAAAUUGAUAGGCAAGGGAGAUAAGUACAAAUUACAUUAAGAAAAGCAACGGGAACCUAUAUUUUUUGGACCAAAAAAUACUGUCCAAAUAAUUUUUCUUUAAUUCUAGCAAGGUUUCGUUAAAAAAAUUAACUUUCUAAAGUCUGUAUCUCAAAAAAGGCUAUCAAUGUCGCCUAUGGGGAAAUUAAUUGUUUAUUGCAAUCUUUGGAUGAAGGUCCAAAGGGAGUGAAUUUGAAUUAUCUCCCCUAGGUUACAUUUUAAAGGAUGUUAUUAAAACAGACUUAUUUGUUAACAGCACCUUUGCAUUAAGUUAAGCAAAGUGGCCUUAUGGCAAGGUGGAGAAAUGACAAUGCCAUCUCAUUUUGAAAAAGAAGAUUACCUGUGUAAACAAAUUUUAUUUUAUUAGAUAAAAAAAUUGUUUUUGUUGAUGAACACAAAACAACUAUUUCACAGACACUCUUAAUUUGUAAAAUUUUUACAUUACCGGUAGUAAGGAUUUUGUCAUUUUAAAGGAAAUUGUGUAUUUAUCUGUUUUCAUUUUGACUCUCAUUUUGAAUUUACCGAAAAAAAUUUAAGAAUGAAAAUUAAUAAAAUUGUUUUGAAUUUUCAUUUAUUAAAAUAACAUUCAAAUUACCUAAAUAUUAUAAAAUACAGGCUUUCAUUACUGAUACAGCUAGUGAUUUGUUUGUUUAUUUUUCCUUUUUUACAUUAAAAUAUAAGGUUUGGUUGGAGAAGUUGAAAACUGAAUAAUUGGUUAAAUUCAAAAUAAGUUGUUUAUUUGAUUAAGGCAUGUAACAAAAGCCUGGUAAAACUGGUUUUAAAUGAACUAUGCUUUAACCAGAAAGCUGUGUACACUGAGACCAGACCAUUAAUAUUUUUCACUAAAUUAACCUUUUAAACUGAAUACCUGUUUAAUCUGAACAAAAUCUUAAGUUUAAAUGUGUUUUAAAACCAUAUUUAAUAAUCUUUUACAGGAUAGAAACUUCCAUGCCCUUCUUACCUUUCUAAACUUAUUUUUGAUGAAAAUUUUAAUGAAUUUAUUAUGCUGUUACACCUAAAUAUAGAAAUGAUAUAUAUUUGUUAUACAUUUACAACUAAAUUUGGAAAUGAAUUGUGUUGUUAAAAGAUACACAAACCUUGAACAUUUUUUAUACAAACUUGUGUAGUUGACAUCAUCCGUCAUGCAGGCCUUAUUUGUUUCCAUAAAAAGAUUAAAUAUUUAUGUGAAUGAAAAUUGUGUAUGAACAUAUGUAUGAACAUAUUUCAAACAUGUUAGUGCUAUCAAAGUGGAUAAAUAUUUUAUUUAAUAUUUAUUUCACAAAAAGUAAAUGUUCAAUCCAAUUUUUUUUCUUGUUUUUUUUUUUUGUAAUGAAAACCUUUACAGAAAAAAAGAUGGUUGAACACACAGUAAAUGAUUACUGUGGAUUCAUUUUUAUUCGUUGGGUACCAAUUUUCGUGGAUUUCGUGGGUACAGGUAAACCACGAAUUUAAAUGUUCAACGAAUUACACAUUUUCAAUAAGUUUGUAUGCAGACUUUUGCAAAUCCACUAUAUCAAAUAUCCACGAAAAUGCAAGUUUUUCUCAAUCUAUGAAAAUUGGUACCCUCGAAAAUUUAUGAAUCCACAGUAUGUCAAUUUUAAUUUUCUUUCAAUUACAUUUAAGUUAUUUACGUUCUUGGCUUAUGCAUCAGGCUAUGUUUUUUUUUAUAGAAGAAAUUUCAUGCUUAGGAGCAUGCUCAGUUUGACAUCUAUGUAAUAAAUGCACCUUUUCCCCAAAAAAUUCACUGCAAUAUUCAUUUAAGAUAUGACAUUUUCUUCAUAGUUCUGUUUCACAUGAUUUGAAAUUUAUUAUGAAAAGGCCUGUUGUAAAUUUUGCAAUAUUCUCUCAUUUCAAAACUGCUGAGUCAAUUUUGUACUUGGUACAUUAAAAAUACAAUGUUACAUGAAUUAAACUGCUUCUUAUACACCUUAUCGCUAUUUGUCCGCCAUUACUGGACAUCACAAAAGUUCCCGUAUAAUUUUGACGUCAUAAAAGAAAAUAUCUGACGCCACAAUGGAAAAGUGAUUGUUGUAUGACGUCAAAAGUUCAAGCGGGACAGAUUCUCGGGUCAAGCGGGACAGAUUUCCAAAUAGCGAUAAGGUGUAUUGAAUACAAUAAACUUGAUGUGUUUGUAUUAAAUAUGUACGAUGUUGAUUUUAUUAUGAACCUGCAUGGCAUUAAACUUUUUAUGCUAAUCCAAAAUCCAAGUCGGCUGCCAUUUUAGCAUAGAUUUUUAAUAGAACUUUAUGAGUAGUGUUACAUUUUUGUAUCAUUUUACUGGUCAACAUGGUCAAUUGUAAAUCAUACAAAACAUACUGGUUUGA